AUGAAUAAUGCUGAACUAAGAAUACAUACGAUCAGGUACCCUCAGCGUGCUAAGUUGGACGCGGAUUUUUUAAAAAUAUUUUCACCAUUUCAUACUAUACAAUUAGUAAUAGGAUCAUGUCGCGUCAAUCCUCUAAACGGAUACUUAUCUAUUCCGGUAUGGUAUCAAAGAGCAUACUCCUUAAUGCUUGUAAUCUUAAAUAUAUUCAUUUACAUAUACAUUUCUGGCGUUUAUUCAUCAAAAUUUAAGAGUUAUCCAGGAGUACAGGAUUUAAUGAACAUACUGAUACCUUUACAUUUCUCAUCAUAUUUUGUCAACAUUAUCCACGUGAGAUUUUGUCGCGGACGAGACAACGUGGCGUUGUAUAAAAAAAUACAGGAAUUAGAUCGUAUUAUGAAAAUAGAUAAAAACAAAACAGUUAACGAAAUGAUGUUUAAGCGCAACGUGAUAGCGGUGUUCAUUGUUCUACUACCAUUCAUCGCCCUGCUACCAAUUGCGAUAAAUGUUGGAGUGUCUGCAACCGUAAUUACGUUGGGAAUAGCAUCUACCCAAAGUCCCUUUAUCCUUGAUGUGACUCAAUCUAUAACUUUCAUAAUACAUUUUUCGUCACGUAUCCUUAUAAUUAAUUCUAUACUAAUGAACUAUUUAAAUUCGAAAAUGAGAAUCAUGAUGAUGCGAAGCAAAGUAAGAGGAUCCAGAUUCAUGAGAGAAUUAGUAGAAAAAAACUAUGAGUUCGCGUCAAGCGAAACUGAUGUGUACUUAAGGAAAAUAUUCGAUUGCUUUACAAUUUAUCAGGAGCUUUAUAAGUUUCAGAUUUUCGUAUUCUGCUGCAAAAUUGUUGGAUAUAGCAUUUUGGCAUUUCAAUUUACACUUCUUACUAUACAAAACAAUAUUAUGGAGUUAUAUGAUGGAAUACUCGUAGUUACUUUGGCUAUAGUGGAUUCAUCUACAUUAAUCUUAGUAUGUGUACACUGUGAGAUAUUCUUUAGAGAAAUCAAAAAGCUAAAAUUAUUAACAAUUACCUUGAUGGCAGCCUUUAACCAAGGUCCACUAAGGAAUAAAGCAAAACGUAUGUUUACGAUGAUAGAAGAAACUACCCCUCGUUUCUACGUAUACGACAUGUGGGAAAUGGACGCCGGUUUUUUGCUAAGUUUCACGAACGUUAUAACUGGAUUGAUAGUCACACUUUUACAGUUUGCUUUUCUCUGA